UCAGCUCCCUGACAGGCAACACAAGGCUCUAAUUAUAAUUCUGCUACCUGACAGGUAACACAACGCUCAUGUUUGUGUAAUUCUGCUCCCUGACAGACCAUCAAUCAUGCUUGCUGUAGCGACCAAAGCAAAAGAUGCACUGCCUGUGGUGAAACAAAUCAUCCACUCCAUCAUCGCCACCCGACCCAAAGUCCACAAGGAGCGCGUGGCCCGACUGAAGACCCGCGUCUCGGUGGUGGAGCAGCAGCUUGCGUCUGUGGGCGGUUCUGUUUCGGACUCGGCCCAUCUUCAGCAGAACCUGUCUAGACUGGAGGAGGUUCUGAGCGACAUGUUGAAGCUGUUGAGGCAGCUGGAGGAUGAGGGUUGGAUCAAGCGCAUCUUCAAAAACGUGCUGCAUCUGGACAGCAAAUUUGAGCAGCUGAACCAGCGUCUGAGUCAGGAGUCGAUGUCGCUCGUGCUCUCGCUGAACAUCGACGCCAGGGUCCUGCAGCAGACCUUCAACCAGGAGAGGAGGAGGGGGGAGGACGAGUCACAGACAUCAAGGUCCUGGAGGAGAUGAAGGAGACUCUCUUAUCAGUGAAGAAAGAAACAAAGCAGAUCAUAGACAUGAUGGAGGAGAACAAGAAUGCAGGCAGCCCCCCAAUGUCCCCUGUUGAGGUCAAAGUGGUCCUCCAGAACACACCGGGUCAGAACGAGCCUCCUCCUCCUCCUCCUCCCUACUCCCCCACUCCCAUGGUCCAACCCAUGCAGAUGCAACCAGGUCCCAUGUACCAUACACAGCCAAUACAGAUGUACUCACAGCAGGGUCCCAUGGCCCAGCAACAGGCAAUGCAGAUACAACCGCAGCAGACUCAGGUUGUUAUUUGUUCUGGGGACCUUGGUGAUGUUCCCACCAUGACGACGUGUCGGAACUGUGGAGAGAAGGUCCAAACCAGAGUGGUGUAUCACAGCGGAGCCUUCGCCUGGCUGAUAUGUGGACUCUGCCUUCUGUUUGGGCUUGUGUGUGGAUGCUGUGUCAUCCCAUUCUUCGUGGACAGCUGCAAAGACGCCCAUCACUUCUGCAGUAAAUGCAACGUCAACCUGUCCAUCCACAAGAGGAUGUAGCAUUCACACACACGCAUACACACACACACACCAUUUUGUCAAUUUAGUGAAUUUGUUGCUAUAUUUAGUGACUUUUGGCCACCCCUAUAGCAAUAACAAUAAAAAAAAUGCUUAUAUUAUACAAUAAAAAAACACAUUUGUUCAAUGUUUCAUUGUAUGAAAUAAACUGACUGUCUGAUUCA